AGCCAGUCCGCAAGGUUGCUCGGGUGUUAAGCAAGCGUUGUAACUGCAAGGACGGCCUUCGUGGACAUUGCCGAAGUCUUCUGGUUGCCGAAUCUAUGUACCAUGGAGCCUGCAAAACCAAUUCAAGAAAGUCAACCAAAACGUCGUAGAUAUCGCAUCCCUCGCAGUUGUGAUCGAUGCCGGAGCAGCAAAUUGAAAUGCGUCUUUGAGAAUGGCCAAUGUCAUGCUUGUUUCAAAGCUGGUGUAAACUGUACGUUUGCCAACCCAGGCAGUCUAAAGGAGAGGCCGCCUACAUUCAAAGACGCCGAGCAACUUAAUGCACGAAUUAGAUCUCUGGAGCGACUCCUCCAGGCAGUGGACCCAACAAUUGACAUGAAUCACUUGCCUGACCCAGAUCUUCUUGUUUGCCGCUCCAAUGAGGCUCCAAAUUUUCCAAUCCAAUUGCCCGCCGGUUGUUCUUCUUCACCCUCACACCGCCGGCCCGCUUCAAUCGGCAGACAAGAUUCAUACGAAGCUCAUCUUUCAACUGUUCUUUCGGCGCUCCAUUAUUCCCGAGCUCCAUCAAGGCCUUCCCUCACUAGCACACAUUGGAGUCAGCCAGACAAGAGCAAGCCGAUGACCAAUUGUACGGGGGUUGCUACCGAACCAGAGUUUUAUAUCGGCCCGAAUGCGAUGCUCAGCGUACCCGAUCUGACAACGAAUCACACUCUAAAUCUUCCUCCUCGCAACGCGGUUGUGGUUUAUCCGGUGGAUGAUUAUCUACGCCUUCGUCAUGAGGAGUUUGUUUCAAGCACGAGAUGCUUCUAUCCGGAUCCGGAUCUUGAGCAGGAUCUCAUCAAAAUAUACUUUCAGCAUUUCCAUCCAAUUGUGACCAUAUUACACCCGACGACUUUUUACAACCUGCAUAAUUCUGGGCUCGCGCACACUGACCCCUCGUUCAGAGCUCUUUGUCUGCUCAUAUUUUGCAUCGCUAGCCGAUGGUCGACUGAUCCCAGAGUUCUGCUUGACUUGACUGGAAGGCCACAGUCGUCUCGACAAUUUGCGGGCUUGCGUUAUUCAUAUGCUGGUUAUUUGGGUUUAUUUCGUCUCGGCAAUCAUCGCCCGACUCUUUUCAACUUGCAGGCGUUUGUCCUCCUGACGCUCAUUUCCCUUGGUUCAGACCAACCCACGGCCACAUGGGUUUUCGCUGAGCAGGGCCUCACAUGCGCUCAAGAAUGUGGUGCCCAUCGUGAAGUGCAUCGUCGAUGGAAUGCCGAUCCUCUUGAAGACUAUCUUCGGCGUCAGGCUUUCUUUCAUCUAUACGAGCUGGGUCACAGAGCUAGUUCUUCUCUGAAUAGAACACCUUUAAUGCAAGAAGAAGACUUCGACGUUGAGCCAUCCCGUUUACAGCCUGGAGAUCCGCUAGGGAUCUUUGUGAAUCCAUACCAUACAAUUAUGAACCCAGCUGCGCAUGAACUCUACAUUGCAUUUGACGAAGUGAGAGCACUAGUAUGGAGAAUUGGGUCACUCAGAUCUCUGCUACCUCUUCUACACACGAUGCAAGCUAAUGCGGAAAGUUCAGGAGGAGCUGCAUCAGUUAAAUCCUUAGAAGCACUGGUUGACCAACUCGAUCUUAAUGCGAGAAAACGGUUUGAUCAAGUGUCUCCAAUUUUCAAACGUCCAGAUGUUGAGGGGUGUCCGGAAAGGCUAAUGUUUUCGGUGCUGGUCAUCACGGGGUCUUGA